GCCCAAAUAACAAUUUCUAUCUAUUUCCCAGUAUCUUUCUUUCCGGCAGUUGAUCAUCGCACACACAACAACCAAAGCAAACAUGACGACUACGCGCGUUAUAUUGAACUUCCCGUGGACCAGCAGCGACAAGCUGAAGGGUGACUUCUUCCAGGACACUGGCGUCACAGACGCGGUCAUGAAGAUAGCCCGCAAGGAGCUCCGGGAGGAUAAGGCGAUCCGCGAGCAAUCGCUCGAACAGCUACGCGAUUGGCUGCAGAAAAACGGUGACGUGGAGAACGUGCGUACUGAGGACCUGUUUCUGUUGCGCUUCCUGCGCACCAAGAAGUUCAGCGUCCCAAUGGCGCAGCAGAUGAUACUUAAGUAUCUGAACUUCCGCAAGGUGUUCACGCAUCUGAUCCACACGCUCGACUAUUCGUCACCCAGCGUGCAGAAGCUGCUCGAUGGAGGUUAUCUGUUUCCUUCGCCUAUCCGAGACAAGCACGGUCGCCGCGUCAUCGUUGGAUUCGCAAAUCACUUCAACCCGGCCGAACACACGAGCUCCGAUAUGGCGCGGUUGCAUUUCAUCACGUACGAAACGCUGAUGGAAGACCCGGAGAAUCAGAUCUGCGGACUUGUGCACAUUGGCGACUUCAAAGGGAUCUCGACGUCGCACAUCGCCUGCUGGAACCCGACCGAUUUCCUGCGCAUCAUGAAGUGGGGUGAACAGUCGAUCCCGAUGCGAAACAAGGAGGUUCACUUGGUGAAUGUCCCGUCCACGGUGAAGUACAUCAUCGAGGCCGGCAAGUCGAUGGUCAGCAAGAAGAUGAAGGAACGGCUACAGGUUCACGUGACAGUGGCAGAUCUUUGCCGGAAGGUUGAUCCAGCCUGCCUACCGAAGGAGAUGGGCGGCACAAUGCCAAUGGCUGAGAUGAUCGAAAUCUGGAAGAUGGAGCUGGCGGCCAAACGGAACCUUGUACUCUCCUCAGCAAAGAUGCGCAUCCUGAGCGAUCGUGGCAUUGUCUCGCGAAACGGCACGGACCGAAACAACAACUCCAACGCCACUACACUCGGUAUGGAGACGAUCACUGGAAGCUUCCGCAAGCUGGAGGUUGAUUAGAACCACCGAUAGGAACGUUACCGACAGGGUGUUAGUGAAUAAUCGUGAAUGUAUACAUAUGUGUGAUAGCAUCUUACCUUUUUUCCCCCGUACCGCGUGGCGUCGGUGGUUCUUCGCGGAAGGACAAUCAAAAAACGAUGUAAAAAUGUCGAAGCCUCGACGGUACGUAGCUCUUAGGUGAUGAUCCAGUAAUUAAGACGACAGGGUUUAGAUUAGCGUUACACGCAUCGUUAUAUUACUGUUUGUGUACGAGUUUGUCUUUGUUUGUUUUCCCUCCCCGCUUUCCUGGUUUUGUAUAAUGAUUUUGUUUUCCUUGGACUAACUCCAUUCCCGAUGAGAUUUGGAUGAACCGCGCCUCGGAUGAGGUCGCGUGUGCGUCUAAUGAAAUAAUACUUUAAGACUACGUUUACAUGACGGGAACUCGGACGAGAUUUGGAGAUCGCUACGGGCAGGAAGCUGUAAGCAUUGCCAAUAAACCGUUCCGGUCGUGUCUAUG